GGGCGAGGAGGUUGGAUUUUUGAGGCAGUGGGUGGGGCUUAAGUAAUUAAGCCAGAAAAUGGGCGUGGCUCGGCGCAUGCCGAGGGGCGUGUCCUCACCGGACGACCGGAGCGUGUGGGCGGUGCCCUAGGAGGCAGACACUCAGGGCGCACGCGCACAUUGCUAAGCUCGGCUACCGGAAGCGGCCUAGGCUAUCCCCGUCCGCGUCCCCGAGCCAGUGCGCAGGCGCAGUUCCCCGUCCCGGUCGCCGCCACCGCCCCCUCUUUCCGCUCCUCCACGCCGGCGCCUCGGAGACGGGCGCGACUUCCGCUUCCGGGCGGGCGGGCAGGCGGGCGGCGCGGGGCUGCCGGGGAGGGGGAGGGGGCAGCACUUCCGGUCGGGCCCUCGGGUCUCCCCGGAGCGGCGGCGCCUCCUCCGCCUCCUCGGCCUCCUCCCGGCGGAGACCCCUGCGCCGGCGUUUACGGAUAGAUGCUAGCAGUUUACCUCUGAGCUCUGCUUUAGCUGCAUCUUCACGAAGUUUUCGGUCUCCCGUCGCCCACCCCGCCCAAGAUGGAGGCAAACGCAGCAGGCAGUGCAGCCGGGGGUGGUGGGGGCAGCGGCAUAGGGGGCGAGGACGGGGUUCACUUCCAGAGCUACCCCUUCGACUUUCUGGAGUUCCUCAACCACCAGCGCUUUGAGCCCAUGGAGCUCUACGGGGAGCACGCGAAGGCGGUGGCCGCGCUGCCCUGCGCCCCGGGGCCGCCGCCCCAGCCCCCGCCCCAGCCCCCUCCGCCCCAGUACGACUACCCGCCCCAGUCCACCUUCAAACCCAAGGCGGAGGCGCCGUCUUCGUCGUCAUCCUCGUCCUCGUCGUCGUCCUCGUCGUCUUCCUCCUCUUCCUCCCAGGCCAAGAAGCCCGACCCGCCCCUGCCACCUGCCUUCGGCCCCCCCCCGCCCCCGCUAUUUGAUGCUGCCUUCCCCGCUCCGCAGUGGGGCAUCGUCGACCUCUCUGGACACCAGCACCUUUUUGGGAACCUGAAACGCGGAGGGCCCGCCUCCGGGCCGGGAGUGACGCCAGGGCUGGCGACCCCCACCGGCACGCCGGGGCCUCUUCCCGCCCCCUCCCAGACCCCGCCGGGACCUGCCGCGGGGGCGGCCUGCGACCCGAGCAAGGACGACAAGGGCUACUUCCGCAGGCUCAAGUACCUGAUGGAGCGGCGCUUCCCGUGCGGCGUGUGCCAGAAGUCCUUCAAGCAGUCCUCGCACCUGGUCCAGCACAUGCUGGUGCACUCGGGGGAGCGGCCGUACGAGUGUGGCGUCUGCGGCCGCACCUACAACCACGUCUCCAGCCUCAUCCGCCACCGCCGCUGCCACAAGGACGUGCCGCCCACCGCGGGGGGCCCGCCGCAGCCGGGGGCGCCGCUCCCGCCGCUGGGCCUGCCCGCGCCCGUGGCCGGCGCGCCCCCCACCGCCGCCCCCACCCCGGUGUCCUCCGGCCCGCCCGCGCCGCCCGCGGCCGCCGCGGGAGCUGCGACCGGGGCUGCCACCGCCGCGGAAGGGACCGGUGCCCCCGCCGGGGUGGGCGUGCCCCCUCCCGCGGCGGGGAGCGGCGAGGGCCCGUUUGCCUGCCCGCUCUGCUGGAAGGUCUUCAAGAAGCCCAGCCACCUGCACCAGCACCAGAUCAUCCACACCGGCGAGAAGCCCUUCUCCUGCUCCGUGUGCAGCAAGAGCUUCAACCGCAGGGAGAGCCUCAAGCGGCACGUGAAGACGCACUCGGCGGACCUCCUGCGCCUGCCGUGCGGCGUCUGCGGGAAGGCCUUCCGCGACGCCGCCUACCUGCUCAAGCACCAGGCGGCGCACGCGGGCGCGGGCGCCGCGGGGCCUCGGCCCGUGUACCCCUGCGACCUGUGCGGCAAGUCCUACUCUGCGCCCCAGAGCCUGCUCCGGCACAAGGCGGCGCACGCCCCGCCCGCCGCCCCCGACGCGCCCAAGGACGCCGCGGCCUCGGUCCCGCAGCCCCCGCCGGCCUUCCCUGCGGGCCCCUACCUCCUGCCCCCCGACCCUCCGGCCACCGACAGCGAGAAGGCUGCGGCGGCCGCGGCGGCAGUGGUCUACGGCGCCGUACCCGUCCCGCUGCUGGGGGCGCACCCGCUGCUGCUCGGCGGGGCUGGGACCAGCGGGGCCGGGGGCUCGGGCGCCAGCGUGCCUGGAAAGACCUUCUGCUGCGGCAUCUGCGGGCGGGGCUUCGGGCGGCGCGAGACUCUGAAGCGCCACGAGCGCAUCCACACGGGCGAGAAGCCCCACCAGUGCCCCGUGUGCGGGAAGCGCUUCCGGGAGUCCUUCCACCUGAGCAAGCAUCACGUGGUGCACACCCGCGAGCGGCCCUACAAGUGUGAGCUCUGCGGCAAAGUCUUCGGCUACCCACAGAGCCUCACCCGCCACCGCCAGGUGCAUCGGCUCCAGCUGCCCUGCGCCCUGGCCGGGGCUGCCGGCCUCCCGGCCACCCAGGGCGCGCCAGGGGCCUGUGGGCCGGGCGCCUCGGCCACCUCUGCGGGGGCCGCCGAUGCACUGAGCUACGCCUGCUCGGACUGUGGGGAGCACUUCCCCGACCUCUUCCACGUGAUGAGCCACAAGGAGGCUCACAUGGCAGAGAAGCCCUAUGGCUGUGAUGCGUGCGGCAAGACCUUCGGCUUCAUUGAGAAUCUCAUGUGGCACAAGCUGGUCCACCAGGCUGCCCCCGAGCGCCUGCUCCCGCCAGCACCCGGUGGCCCCCAGCCCCAGGAUGGUUCCGGCAGCGCUGACGCGGCCAGUGUGCUGGACAACGGCCUGGCGGGAGAGGUCGGGGCGGCUGUGGCUGCACUGGCCGGGGUGUCCGGGGCUGACGACGCAAGCGGGACAGCAGUGGCUGGGGGUAGUGGGGGGGCCAGUUCAGGCCCUGAGCGCUUCAGCUGUGCCACGUGUGGCCAGAGCUUCAAGCAUUUCCUGGGCCUGGUGACUCACAAGUACGUGCACCUGGUGCGGCGGACCCUAGGCUGUGGCCUCUGCGGCCAGAGCUUCGCGGGGGCCUACGACCUGCUCCUGCACCGCCGCAGCCACCGGCAGAAGCGGGGCUUCCGCUGCCCCGUGUGCGGCAAGCGCUUCUGGGAGGCGGCCCUGCUGAUGCGCCAUCAGCGCUGCCACACGGAGCAGCGGCCCUACCGGUGCGGGGUGUGUGGCCGAGGCUUCCUGCGCUCCUGGUACCUGCGGCAGCAUCGCGUGGUGCACACCGGAGAGCGCGCCUUCAAGUGCGGCGUCUGCGCCAAGCGCUUCGCGCAGUCCUCCAGCCUGGCGGAGCAUCGGCGGCUGCACGCCGUGGCCCGGCCCCAGCGCUGCGGCGCCUGCGGCAAGACCUUCCGCUACCGCUCCAACCUGCUGGAGCACCAGCGGCUGCACCUGGGGGAGCGCGCCUACCGCUGCGAGCACUGCGGGAAGGGCUUCUUCUACCUGAGCUCGGUGCUGCGCCACCAGCGCGCCCACGAGCCGCCGCGGCCCGAGCUCCGCUGCCCGGCCUGCCUCAAGGCCUUCAAGGACCCUGGCUACUUCCGUAAGCACCUGGCGGCCCACCAGGGCGGCCGGCCCUUCCGCUGCUCCUCCUGUGGCGAGGGCUUCGCCAACACCUAUGGCCUCAAGAAACACCGGCUGGCCCACAAAGCUGAGGGCCUGGGGGGUCCUGGGGCAGGGGCGGGCACCUUGGCGGGAAAGGACGCCUGACCAGGAGGGAGGGGUUCCGUUGGAGGCUCCAAUCAGAUGUCCCCUCCCACACUCACCCCUCCCCAGCUGCUGAUCAGAUUCUUACCCCUCCUCGCUGUUGCCCGGCCAUCCUUCAGGACUUCAGACAGACUAGCCUCCCUUAUGGCCCAUGCCCUACAGACUCAAGACUGGAUCGCUCCCAUCCUGGACCUGUCUGGCCCUCCUCUCACCCUGCCAGCCACUGAACUUGAUCCUCCACCCAACCCCGUUUUGUAACCUUCCUCAUUCUGUCCCCCAAUAAGCUUUGGUGGAGGAUGUAGGUCUGAGCUGCCCCUCCCCAAUCCUUUGGGAUCUGGCUGGAAGGUGGAGUAUGAGCCGAGCCGGGAGGGCACAAGGGGACUGGGUUCUCUUUUGGAUUGUGGGGGUGGGGGCGGGGGGCAGACGCGGCUUGUACAGAGCGGAGAAUAAUAAAUCUUACCAACAGGG